AUGACAGACUUAUUUAUGAAUGAAAAAGAUAACACGUAUAUUUCAAGGCCUGUAUUAGAUUAUAGAGGAGAUUCCUUAGAGGAAAGUAAAAAAUUGGUAUCUAAAAAAGCACAAAAAAAGUUACAGCAAAAAGAAAAAAAAAAAGAAAGAUUAUUGAGUUCUAAUAUAGAAAACAAAGUUUCAUGCGAUGAUUUUUCAAAAGAAAAUUAUGGAAAAAAAAAAAUCAAUCAAUCUCUUGAAAAAUUGGGGACAGAGUUCCAUUCCAUAUCUAGUUUAUCUAAAAUAAUGGAAGGUAAAAAUAUUACACUUAGAGCAAGGGUUCAAGUAUCUCGUUUACAAGGGAAUAAAAUAUGUUUUUUAUUGUUACGUCAACAUUUAAAUACAGUACAAGCUCUUGUUUCUGCAAAUAAAAAUUCAAUAAGUAAACAAAUGGUUAAAUGGUGUAGUCUUAUCGCUUCUGAAAGCAUUGUUGUAGUAGAAGGAGAAAUAAAGAAAAGCCCGUGUAUUAUUAAAAGUUCUACUCAGCAAGAUAUAGAAAUUCAUGUCCGUAAGAUUUUUAUAGAAAGCGAAUCUCUUAAUAAACUUCCAUUCCAAAUUGAAGAUGCAAGUCGUUCUGAAAAUGAGAUAAAAGAAAAAGAUGAUUAUAAAGAUGAUUUAAAAUACGUACGUGUUAAUCUUGAUACUCGUCUUAAUAAUAGAGUAAUUGAUCUUCGUACAUUUACAAACCAGGCUAUUUUUCGUAUAUCAUCUGGUAUUUGUCAAUUAUUUCGUGAAUAUCUUCUUGAAAAUAAUUUUAUAGAAAUACAUACCCCCAAAAUCAUUGCAGCUGCAUCAGAAGGAGGUUCAAAUGUAUUUAAGUUAGAUUAUUUUAAAGGGGAUGCAUAUCUUGCUCAGUCACCACAGCUAUAUAAACAAAUGUUAAUCGCAUCUGAUUUUGAUAGAGUUUUUGAAAUUGCUCCUGUAUUUCGUGCAGAAGAUUCUAAUACACAUCGUCAUAUGACAGAAUUUGUCGGACUUGAUUUAGAAAUGACAUUCUAUGAGCAUUAUCAUGAAGUUUUAGAAAUGAUUGAGAAUCUUUUUAUAUAUAUAUUUAAAGAACUUCCUAAGCGAUAUUCUGAUGAAAUACAUAUUAUUAAAAAACAAUUUCCCAGUUCAGAUUUUAUGUUUUUAAAGGACAAUAAACCUGUUCGAUUUACAUUUAAAGAAAUCGUAAAUUUACUUAAAGAGGCAGGUAUUAGAAAAAAUAAAAAUGGAGAAGAAUAUCAUAUAGAUCUUUCAACUGACGAAGAACGAAAACUUGGAUUAUUAAUAAAAGAACAAUUUCAUGUGGAUUUUUACUCUAUUGACAAAUUUCCAUUAACUGCUCGGCCAUUUUAUACAAUGCCUGAUCCAGAAAAUCCUAGUCUUUCAAAUUCAUAUGAUUUUUUUAUGCGUGGAGAAGAGAUUUUAUCUGGAUCUCAACGUAUACAUGAUGCUGAAUAUCUUCAGAAGAGAAUCAAAGAUUUAAAUAUUAAUACAAUAGGAUUAGAAAAUUAUAUUAAUAGUUUCAAAUUUGGUACAGCUCCACAUGGUGGAGGAGGAAUUGGUUUAGAACGUGUUUUAUUUUUAUAUUUAGAACUUGGGAAUAUUAGACGUUCAAGCUUAUUUCCACGUGAUCCGAAGAGACUUGUUCCAUAA